GUUCUGUGUCACGUGACGCUUUCGAUCGAUCAGUGACAGGAAGCGGGUGCUCGGGCUCGCGCACGGUUCUGCGGAAUCUGGGCAUUGGACCGUGCACGGUGGUUGACGUAGAAUUCGGUAUCUAUGACUAUCUUACCGAAAAAGAAGCCGCCUCCCCCUUCGGAGCCGGAGGACGGACGCGGAGGUGGUGGGGAGCGCGGAGGGCCGGGCGGUUCGGACUGUCGCCCUGGGGCAAGGCCUCGAUCGUCUCCGCCUCCAGGACAGGGAUCAACCGGACAGGAUGGGAGCUGUGUUGUCUCUGGGCCGGGGCAUAGCAAAAGGAGGCGGCAACAAGCUGCCAGCGGAGAACGGGUAGCUGUGGGAAUCCCGGGGGCUGGGGCCAGCCCCGAUGGGGAAGAGUGCGCAGGGAAUAACAGUGAGGAUGAAUACGAGACAGCGGCCAGGACGGAGACAAUAGACCCGGACACCGCGGAGCAACAGGAGCACUGGUUUGAGAAGGCUUUACAGGAAAAGAAGGGAUUUAUAAUCAAACGGAUGAAAGAAGAUGGAGCCUGUUUGUUCAGAGCUGUUGCUGAUCAGGUCUACGGUGAUCAGGACAUGCAUGAAGUAGUCAGAAAGCACUGCAUGGAUUACUUGAUGAAGAAUGCAGACUAUUUUUCAAACUAUGUGACAGAAGAUUUUACCACAUACAUCAAUCGGAAACGGAAAAACAACUGUCACGGAAACCACAUAGAAAUGCAAGCGAUGGCAGAAAUGUACAACCGACCUGUUGAAGUAUAUCAGUAUGGCACAGGUAUGAUGCAAGCCGAGAGACCAACGGAUGGUUCCUGUACCAUUCAUGGAAAAACAGUUACUGGAAGAAAGCCAAUCAACACAUUUCAUGGAAUUCAGAAGAAUGAAGAUGAACCAAUAAGAGUGAGCUACCACCGGAAUAUUCACUACAACUCUGUGGUCAACCCAAAUAAGGCUACAAUUGGAGUGGGCCUGGGUCUCCCAUCUUUUAAACCAGGGUAUGCAGAUCAAUCACUGAUGAAAAAUGCCAUCAAAACCUCAGAGGAAUCCUGGAUAGAACAACAGAUGCUGGAGGACAAGAAGAGGGCGACGGACUGGGAGGCCACGAAUGAGGCUAUAGAGGAACAGGUUGCUCGAGAAUCAUAUCUGCAGUGGUUACGGGACCAAGAAAAGCAAGCCAGACAGCCACGCAAGGCCAGUGCAACCUGCAGCUCUGCCACAGCAGCAGCGUCAAGUGGGCCAGAGGAUUGGUGCAGUCGUUCUCCAAGGCAGCGGAGCACAGCUGGGUCACCUGAACAUCCAGAUCUACAUGCAGACUACAGCAUGAAACCCCCCUCCCCAGGAGCCACCUUAGUGUUAGCCAAGCCUCCCUCUCCCUGCGCACCAGGUCCCAGUAGCCAGCCUUGUGCCGGCGCAGACCGUGCUACCUCUCCCCUUGUAUCAUUGUAUCCGGCUCUUGAUUGCAGAGCGAUCAUGCAGCAUAUGUCUCCCACGGCUUUUGGGCUCAAGGAUUGGGACGACGACGAGAUCCUGGCUUCUGUCUUGGCUGUGUCACAGCAGGAAUACCUGGAUACUGUAAAGAAGAGUGCAAUGCGGAGAGAACCCUCUCCUGAUCACAGCUGAUGGACAAAACACUCUUAACCUUCGGGGUGCACGUUGACUUUAAUCUUAAUCUUUCUCUCGUCUUCACCCUACUUCUCUACCUCUCUUUGCUUGCCUUUCCCUUAAACCUUUUUUCCUCCUCCUCUGUCAAGUGCACCGCCUUGGCCCCAGUAGUUUUUAAUCAUGCUCACCCUGUGAUCUCAAAUGAAUGAAUCUCUUUUCUGUAAAUGUCCCUCCCCAAUUUGCUCACAGAGGACUUGUAUAGUUGCAUGUUUGCUCUCCCUGCACCUGGGAAGAUCUGUCCAAAUCGGCUGCGAAGGAGCCUUUUAACACAAACCGCCUUCCUUUUUUUCUCUCUGUGGAGGGCUUCCUGAAAGUCAUUUACUUUUUGGAUGGGUGUGCAGAGGGGAGAUUUUUGUUUGUUUGUUUUUUUAAAAAAAAAGACUGAUACCGCGGGUGAAACCCGAAGCCCUUCACACAUACCACUUUUGUAUCCUGAGUUUUUUUUUUUUUUUUUUCUUUUUGUUCUUGAGGGGAUGUUACAUUCGCUUAAGAUUAACUUUUUUUUUCUUAUUAAGAAAAAAAAAUGAAAAACUCUUAUACAUA